CGAAGGACCUGUUGAGAGUCUCGCUCUCGAAGCUGACUUUCGCUUUGCAUGUAAAUGCGCGAACAGCAUUAUCCAACUUGCUAGACUCCAGCUAUGUCUGCCAAAAAGGAUAUGCGGAGGGCGGAUCUCGUCAUUCCCUAUGUCGAGCCCAAAGACGAGAAGCCCACUGAUUUCAGUUCGACUUUGACGAGUACCAUGCCUAUGGCAGCUAUGUUCACUAGAAAUAGGAUGCUUGGCUGGUUUGCUUUGAUGACAGCUCUUUUGAACUGGUUGGGCGAGACACCAGCCCAGAGGCAGAGCCCCAAUGGUACCCCCGGAUAUUUGUCUUUUGGUAUGGCUGUGCUUGCCGUCGGCGUGACAUAUAUGCCCUUGUUUCUACCGCCGCCACCCAAUGCCAGAGGACCAGCAGCAGUGCCGCCGGCCGCUUCAUCGUGACGAAUAGUCAAGUCAGGCGGUAUUGGAGGAUUUAUCUGCGAAGAAGCGCGAGGGAAUUUUGUAUAGGUUAUUUGCUGGCUCUGCGACAGGGGCGGCAAUGUAUGGAGGCAUCCCUCUGCGAUUUGUCUCUGGGUUGAAGUGACGGUCACUGUUGGAUCUCUCCUCCUGUUUCUGGUCACAGGAGCUGCAAUUGCGACUUUGAGAUGAACGCAGUGAGGGCGAUGCCGAUCGAAUCCAGAUUCAGACAGCGGAAGUCAAAGAAAUACUUUGUUCUACCAUCGUCACAUGUCAUUUUCAGUACCUGUACGACCAGGAGAUUUCCCCAACUUCGGGGUCUUGGGGGAUGGCAAUCACGAGCCUCAAUUACUUGUAGGGGCCUGGAACCUGGAAUCUGGAGCCCGCCAAUUAAUUUUGCCACUUGCCCAGGUCGUAGUUGGGCGCAGCAGGUAAUUACCACCCGUGCCGUGCCACAUGGGCCUUGGCGCCCGCAACGAAUUUGACUGUAGUGGCUUGU